CAUAAUAUUUGACGCAUGCGCCACACAUUGCAAUCAGCUGUCAGAAAGAACAUAAUCACGAAAAAACAAAAUUAUUUGUGUCUUUAGAUAAUUCCCGUCAAUAUGGCGGGGCAAAAUCCAGGAUCGCCAACCGACUUUCAAUAUUUUUACGAGGAUGAAGUGUAUAAAAUCAACAACCGCGGGCAAGUCGUCUUCGGGCUUGUACUCGAGAACUACGAAGGCAUCUCCAGUGAUCAAGAGAGUGACAUCGAAGCAGCUGUACAAAAAGGGGAAAUUCGAGUUGUGUGGCACCCCUCCGGCACAGAAAGAGUGAUAUCUGAGAAGUCGGUUGGAUUGGCCGAUCGCUCAUUAAUGCCCGGUGAUGUAGUUCGCCGCCUCAUCGCAGGGAAAGACACACAGAGAGGCUACUGCAGAGACAUUGUCAUGACCGCCGCACUGCAGAUUGUAGGAACCAAGCAUGUGAUACCUAGUGUGGCAAGUGAGAGGCUGCAGCCAUUAGAAGAGUUUACACCAGAUUUGGCUGUGUGCCUUGAUUCUUGGGUUGGGACAUCUAAGGCAGUUCACAGUAAACUCCGACUAGUAUCAGCCGAUGGGUCGCGCUUGGAGUACCCGGAUCUCGACAACUGUCCCCUAGAAGACUACUCUAUGCGCCGGCGCCGCUCAACUCCCUACUCCUCCUCCGAGUUUUACCCUGGCCAGGUUGUUUAUGGCCCACUAGGAUCGCUGGAUAGUGCUAACUGGCUCCACGUCACCAAGGAGAUGAAGGCAGCGCGGAAACAUAAGAUGCAUGAUCACAAGUUCACAGUGGAAGCGGUGGUAACAGAGAGCGUGAGUGUGCACUGGCAAUGUCGCGCGCUGUGCACACACCCCACUGAUGUGGCAGCCCCGCAACAACCCAAGUUCCUGGUCGAAGGCGAAGAUCUGAAAAACUUGAAACUACUGAAUGUGUUCGAGCCAUGCACUCUACAAGUCGGGGACAGAAACUUCCUCACCGUCGGCCCUGAUGACACGUUCGUCAGUAAGAAGCAGUGGAGGAAACAGCAGAGUAAAACAUACCGCAGCCUGCGCAAACAGUCGCGGCCUGCGAAGAAGCCGUCCAAGUCGGACAUCAACUCCGCCGACCACGUGCCUUCGAGGCCCAAGAAGCGCGCAUCCUCGCACAGGAAACUCAAGUCCGAACCCAGUCAUACUGAAAUGGAAGUGGAUCCGUCUGAAGACAAACUGGAAUCUCUAGACGAGGCACUGAAGAAGGAUGCUCUGUGUCCUCGCAUCAAGAUAGAGCCGAGCGGAGACACGUGUCUACCGAUGUCCAGCCAGGAGGACACUGCCACUGAGGAGAAGAACGACUCUGGCAUCAGUCCUGAGCCAACUCGGGAAGACACUUCGCUGUUGAAUGGAGACAAGUCGGACAGGAAUGACUCUGAUUCGGACAACUGGGAGAACACGAGCAGUGAUAGUGAUACUGAUAGCGGAGCCACGUGGUCGUCUCGCUGCUCGUCCGCGGCGUCGCAACGCGGCAAGCGGUCGCCGCAGCUGGCCGUGCGGCUGCUGCGCGGCAAGCGGCUGAAGAGGACGGUGCGCCGCGCGCCGCCCGCGCCUCCGCCGCGCCGCGGCGAUCGCGUCGUGGUCGAGACUCUGCACACCACCAGCCGGGCCAACGUCGUGUGGCAGGACGGCACAAUAGAAAUGGGCAUACCCUCGACUCAGCUGUACCCGAUCCACCAUCUUGAUGGCCAGGAGUGCUUCCCGGGAGACUUCGUCGUCAGUGGCGCCGCCAACGUCGAGGACAACCAACAGCUGAAGCAUCGGGAAUACGGCGUUGUCCAACGCGUAGAUCACCACGGCCGCACCGCAAUCGUACAUUGGUACCGCACUUACACCAGCGCUGAUGAACCUGUUCCUCAGAUGCUGCACGAGAGCGAGAUGAGCGUGUACGACCUGAAGGACCACCCCGACUUCCAGUACCGGCCCGGCACCGUCGUCAUCCGCGUCGCCAACUUCACCGGCGAGGACCAGCACUGCACCGCCGGACAGGUUAUCGACAAUUUCCCCACUGGCCGCGUCAAGGUGUGGUGGGUAGACGGCCAUACGAGCAUGUGCUGGCCACAGGACUUGUACAAGGUGGGAGAGUACGAUUCAGAAGAAGGCGAGCUGUGGGCUUCUGACGGCUCGGGGUCUGAAGACUCGUGGGAGACUCAGAGUUCAGCGCACGAGGACCGUGAUGCCCCCGCCCUCACCACCGCCCCCGACACUCCGCAGCAAGUGAUUGUAAACCCGAUGUCGCAAGAUGCCGCGAUACCAGACCUCGCCAUCACAAACCCGGCUUCACUUGCGGCUUCCGCUUCGCAGCGGGCGCUGGAGCUCGCGCAAAACGUGCCCAGAUUGCUGGAACCACGGGUCGCGGCCCAUCUGGAGAGAGGCAGGGUCGCCAUGCGUCAGCUCGAGGAGAUGUUCGCUAAACACCCCACGUUGCAGAGCCAGGAGAUCAUGCGCAAGCUGUUAAAUCUGUACAAAGAAUGUCGGUUUCUGGAUCGUCUGAUGGGCACUUCAUUUUUCCAUGAAGAUCACUUUUUGGGUCUGCUAGAGCGUGUUCGCGAGCGCGGCGCGAGCACGCCGCGCGCGGGCGAGCGCCGCGUGCACGAGCAGCUGGCGCGCUUGUUCUCGCCGCACGACGCGCGCAGUCGCGCCAUCCUCGCGGCCAACGUCACCGUGGAACCCAUGGAGGUAGAGAACACAACGCCCAAGAAUCAACUGCACUUGAACCUGGAGGCAGUGCAGCCGUCAGGGUCGGAAUCGAAUCCCGCCGAGCCGAUGCAGGACAGCGAGGACAAGACCACUGGGGAAAAUCAGACAGGCGAACAAGCGGACGGCCCCAACCGCAACGUGUGCUACAAGCUGUGUUCGCUGAUCCACUCACAGUUAGUGAAGGCGCACGCGGAAGUUAGCCGGAGACGGCCCCAAGAGCUGGCCGAAUUCCUAAACAGCUUAAUGAGAAAAAACGCGACCGAAGAGAAGUUACCAUACCACUUUUCAGUCCAAUAUGGCGCUCUGGUGGUGAGCAUGGCUGAGGAGAAGGGGGACAAGCCGGAGGAAGUGCAGGAAUCCAGCAGCGAUACUGGUGCUACGGCUAAACCCGAUGGUGCAGUUCCAGCUCAAACGGAAACAGCGCCCUUAGCAACAGCAGAGCCGGCAGACGAGCCGGAACCGGAAGCAGACACGGAACAGGAAGGGGGGGAAGGGUUCUGCGUGUUGGACUCUGCCCCGGCCGGACAUCGCUUCAGUUUGUCCAUGCUGCAACCGUCGGAGCCCAGGACCUUCUACUCUGCUGUCAAGAGGGAGAUCAAACUGCUGAAAAGCGAUCUGCCUCCAGGGGUGUGGGUCCGCGGGUUCAUGGACCGCAUCGACCUGCUGUCGCUGAUGAUCGCGGGCCCCACCAAGACCCCGUACGAGGGGGGGCUGUUCGUGUUCGACGUGCAGCUGGGGGGGGAGUACCCGCGCGCCCCGCCGCUGUGCCACUACCACUCCUACUGCAGCGAUCGCCUCAACCCCAACUUGUAUGAGGACGGCAAGGUUUGCGUCUCUCUACUGGGCACAUGGUCAGGUCGAGGCGUGGAAGUGUGGGGCAAGGACAGCUCACUGUUGCAAGUGAUCGUGUCCCUGCAAGGGCUGAUCCUCAACGCCGAGCCCUACUUCAACGAGGCCGGCUACGAGAAGCAAAAGGGCACCCAACAAGGCAAGGAAAACUCGCGCAUGUACAACGAGAUGGUGCUGCUCAAGCUGGUGCAGUCCAUGACCAAAAUGGUGAUGAACCCGCCCGAGCCCUUCCGAGAGGAGAUCUCGUCGCACAUGCGGCAGCACGCGGCCGCGCUCUGCCGCCGGCUGGAGGGGCUGGUGGCGCUGUCCAACGGCCAGGCGCCCCCCGACACCCCUCCCCCCGAGUACCCCCUCAUCCCCGCGUCGCGCGGCUUCUGCCUCACGCUCCGCUCGUCGCUAGACUCGUUCCGCGCCGCUCUCCGCCGCAACGACAUCGAAGUCCCCCCCUCCACCUUAUAGCCUCUCUAGCGCCUAGCUAGUAACUAAUCUUUGUAUCGUCCGCUCGCCGCCGCGCCCGAUCGCCCAAAACACGGUCUCAAUUUACACAAAUUAUUAAACAAAAAAAAACGUAGCUAUAAUAAUAUUUAUUGUGAUGUAACUUUUCGUCUAGGCUAUUUUAAGGUCGAGACGGGCGCGCAGUUAUUGUUGUUAUUGUAAUUUUUUUUUUACUCUCCCACAAAUCGUAAUUCAGAUUUCUCGUCGAAUGCAUGAAGGCGGAUUCGUUUUUUCAUAUUCUUAGAUAAUAUGGAAGUAACCGUUCCCACUUUUGAAUUAAUACUGAAUCAAAUUCUAAAUAAAAUAUUCGAUCUUAUGCGAAUGAUAUAAUUAAUAGAUUUAUUAAUGAAUAGAUUUUAAUAUUAUUUAUUUGUUAAAAAGUAAUGUCUACUUUUAAUUCCGCAUCCAUCGUUAACGUUUAGGAGUACUUAUCGAUAAAUAACGUAUUAUUUUAAUAGCUGAUUGCCCUAUCACUGAGUUUAAUAAAUCGUCUGUGUGAAUAAUGUUUUUCGUAUGUUUUAUCAGGAAAUAUCAGCGUGCCAAGUUCCAUAACUGUUUACGUAUUGAAUAAAGAAUUGCUUCAUAUUUUAUGCUGAAAAUGAACGCAUCAAUGUUGGGUUUUAGCUAAUACAAUAGUACGUUAUAUUUUUUGAAGUCGCAAGCUUGUGCUCUAGAAUUUGCUACACAAAAUUACACGAAGACAGGUAUUAAAUAUUUAGUGUAAUAUAAAGUUCCUAAUACUCUUUUCGUUAGCAGCCGCCAAGUGGCGUAAUGUGUGUGUCUUACGGAACUUGUAUUAGGAAACUCUUGUGUUUUUAUACAAGCUCCAGAUUUGUAUAUUUGCCAAAGUAAAGUAUGGAAAAUAAACAGAAAAAUUAAAUGAAUUUAUUAUUAUACUUAGUACAACUAUAGUACAGUUCGAAUACUCCCAACAAAAUGUAUAAAAAAACGUUUCGCAGACUGUCAAAUUUCUCGCAGAUAGUAGACGCCAUAAUCGUACUGCGCUCGGGAACGUAUGAGGCGGUUUGCGCAAAUUACGCGACGCACAGUCUACCUUUCAUUAGCCGCUAUCAGCGAGAGGCGCGCAGUUAUCGUAAUAAAAAGCACUAGCGUGAACGCUAGUGCUUUUUAUUAUUCUAUGACUAAAGUAUAUUUCUGUAGCAAAUGAAAAUGUCAAAACAGUGUUGGUUAACAUACUAUGCCAACGUGAUUGUAAUAUUGAUGUCUGUUUUCUCAUUUGUAGAAUCACACUUAUUAGUCGACAAUUUAGGCAAAUAUACACAUUAUCGGCUUAGUAUAUUGUGUGUAAAGGUAAGUGCAGACUGACGAAGCGUCGACGGUAAUUACUUUUAAUAACUUGUUUUUUUGAAAAGAUAUUUUGCAACCCCAAUAUACAAUAAUUUGUAAGUAAGUAUAUUAAUGUCGAUAUUUCGCCCGUCAGCACAAGCCUUAAUGAAUUGGCAUCGUUGUAUGUAUACUACCUUUUUUAAUGAUAAUUUUACAAUGCGGAUUUAUUUUAUAAUAAUGUUUGUAUUUAUAAAAUUUUCCCAGUUCCACUCCAGUACAUACGAUUUAGAAUAGAUAUUAGUUACUAAAUUUAGAUUGGAAUGGCUUAGUUGUCUAUUCAGUUCCCUAAAUUGUCUCAGUAAAUAAAAAUAUUGUAAAAUUUUGUCAGUCGUAACUAGAGUAAGGCAGUCGUAUUCUGUGAUUACUAUUACGUGAUAAGUGCAGGUCACAUUAGAAGGUUGAUUUACAUUCACCGCGAUACGGAGAAACAUGAAUCUAAUGCGAUUGUUUUCGGUUUAACGCAGAAUGCGCAAUUUUCCAUAUUCAUUUCAGUGUCAUUUUUUAUUGACGUCCCUGUCAGAUUUAAAAAAUUUUUAAAUCUAACCGUGUCACAAUGUUUUCGUGUAACUUAUUUAAAUAUUCUAUUAACUUUGUAUUUUCGGAAUUGUAAUUAAAAAUAAUACAAAAAAAUAACUGAAAAACACAUUCUGCGUUGAAUCUGUCUGAAUCCACCGUUGCUUGCAUCAAGGAAAUUCUUAUGAAACGCUUACUCAGUGAGAUAGCCACGUUAGUAUUAUUUCGAAUUCCAGCUUGUAGGUAUAUGAAGGAUCUCGGACUCGCUUACAAUGCAGCUGGCGUCUCUGCCACAGCACAAAUACAUUGUAAUUUCAUGCCAAAGUCAAUUGAGCUAUGAACGGCUUUCGUCGCUUGUGUAUGCGAGAUAAGUGACAUGUAUAAUGAUGAUAAAUAAAUAAUUCUUCAACCUU